AUGCCGGGGCUGAUGAAUAAGGAGAGUCGAGGCGCUCUGCCGCUCAGCGUUUCUGACAUCACUUCCUGUGUUCGAGGCUAUACGCUCGCCAUGACCGCGUCCAUGACCUACGAGAACAUCGAGGACCAUGCUAUAGAGGGGAUCUUCAUCUACCCCCUGGAGGAGAACUCCAUCGUGGUGGGCUUUGAGUCGAUGAUCUGUAGCCAGAUUAUAACUCUGCAGAUCAAAGAUAAGACCAAGAUCGACUGCUAUCUGGACGGCUGCGGCACGACUAACGGAGGCCUGCAGAGCGGCAGUGGUCAGGUGUUGGUGGACGAGGAUCUGGAGAGGACGGUGCUGCUGGUCCACCUGGGGCUGAUCCCCCCCCUGGAGACGGUGCAUGUCCUGGUCAGCACCUCCUCCGAGCUCUGCACUCUGCCCUGUGGAGGCAUCAGAGUCCGAUCACCCCCUGUCUGCACCCCCCGGGUCCAGAGGAGCAUCAACGAGGAGCAGGGCCUGUCGCCCAACUUCUGCAGGACGAGGGAACGGUCUGGCUGUGCCUCCAGCCCCCCCGAUCAGACCCCCGGACCCCCCCCUCUCUGCCUGGCCUCCCUGCUGGAGGAGGAAGCCAUCAACUCCAUGGAUUACCAGUUCAACUUCCAGCUGGAGAUCCGAGCUCCGUAUCUGUUAGCAGGUGUGGAGAGUCCGUCUCAUGCUAUCCGUGCGGACGCUGACCCUCAGGCCCGCUCGGCCACCAGCGUGAUGAUCACUCUGGCCGAUAAAUACACCUACGACUGUCCCGUGGAGAUCCUCAUCUACCCCAGCGAGCCUCACGUUCCUCACGUCCUGAUGGAGAGCGGCGACAUGACGCCGGACGAAUACGACGAGUUCCUGCACGGCCGCAGCGACUUCAUCAAGGCCACCAAGAAGGACGCCAGCAACCACAGGAAGGUGGAGAUGAUGCGCCGCCGGCUGCACAAAGACCUGCUGCACAACCCGGUGGUGAUGCUCAAUUUCUGCCCCGACCUGAGGGGGGGGGGCCAAGACCUGAGGGAGGAGGGCCAAGACCUGAGGGGGAGCCAUGGCGAGUUCCUCUUCCUGCUGGACCGCAGUGGCAGCAUGAGUGGCGCCAACAUCAGCCGAGUCAAGGAUGCCAUGGUGGUGAUCCUGAAGAGUCUGCUGCCGGGCUGCCUCUUCAACAUCAUCGGCUUCGGAUCCACCUUCAAACCCCUGUUCCCCAGCAGCCAGAGCUACGAGGAGGAGCCCCUGGUUCAGGCCUGUGAGUACGUCCGCAGGCUCCGGGCCGACAUGGGAGGAACCAACGUGCUGAACCCGCUGAGCUGGAUCCUCAGGCAGCCCCCCUUCAGGGGACACCCCCGCCUCCUGUUCCUACUGACGGACGGAGCGGUCAGCAACACGGGGGGGGUCAUCGAGCUGAUCCGCAGUCAGUCCCGAUCCAUCAGGUGCUUCACGUUUGGCAUCGGGCAGACGGCCUGCAGACGACUGGUGCUCGGCCUGGCCGCCGUGUCUAGAGGAACCGCAGAGUUCCUGUCUGACGGCGAGAGGCUGCAGCCAAAGAUGAUAAAGUCCCUGAAGAAGACCAUGUGUCCGGUCCUCACUGAUAUCUCCAUCGAGUGGCUGUUUCCGGAGACCAAGGAGGUGCUGCUGUCGCCAGUGGGGAACAGCUUCCUGUUCCCUGGAGACAGCCUGAUCGGGUACAGCGUGGUCUGCGACGCCACCAGAUACCACACUAACCCCAAAUCUGAAAAGAGGAGGAGGUACUCCAUGAUGCGCUCCGUAGAGUCGGCCAGCUCUGUGUUUUUCCACUCUCAGGAGGAAGACCCUCUGAGGACCGGAGGGGAGGCCGAGUACUUCAGGGACCCUCCGACCGAGGGCCCAGCAGAGCAGGACGCCGGGGGCUGGGACAGCGGGACGUCUCCCAGAAGGCGAGCGUACAGCACCAACCAGAUCACAGACUACCACCCGACCAAGAAGGCCUUCACCCCCAGUGACCCCAGCUCCGUGGCCCCCAAGAACCCCCUGAGGAGGGCCAAAGUCCAGGAGCUAGUGGGCCAGACCAGCGCCGAGCGCGAGUACCAGUGGAGGGGGGACUACCAGCCUCAGCUGUGUGCAGCGUCUUCCUGCAGGGGGGACCAUCCUGCCAGCAGCCAGCGGCCCCUGCAGCAGGAAACCCCCGACCCGGGGCCUCGAUCCACCAACCAUAACAGCCCGCCUGCAGCCGGACACCCGGCCGGGGGCGACGGGUCCAGAUCGUCCUCCGACAACCCGUCCGUGGGCAGCGUGGGAGACACAGACGGGUACGGACAUCAGCUGGUCCAGGCAGAGACCCCGCAGGAGGUCCGGUCCUCAGACCUGGGAUCAGCCGACCCGCCGCGGGCCGACUGUAAAGCUGUGGUGUGCGGCCUGCUGUGUGGGCGGCCGGCCAGCUGGGAGGUCGUCUUCGACAUCGAGCCGUUCCUCCGCGGCCGCGAGCGCGAGGAGAAGGUCCACGAGGAGCUGUGGAACGAGACCUUCCACCACCUGGCCGGCCGGUCCAUCAUACGGGACUUCGAGAACAUGGCAGAUGCCGAGUGCUCUGGCAGGAAGUACCAGCUGUAUGCUCUUCACACGAGCAAGUCCUGCAACAUCCUGAGCAAACACACGGCGCUGGUUCCCAUCGACCUGGACACCAACGAGUUCCUGCACACAUGCAUCGAAUACACUAACGCAGGGGGGGGUCUGAAGAGGGGCUCCCGGUCCAGCUCUCACUCUGGCAGCAGGAAGAACCGGGGCUACUCCGUGGGGCUAGGCCGCUCGCAGUCCGGAGGCGUCUCUGAGGACGCCGAGGAAUUCCAACUCAACAAUGGAGAGGAUGGAGGGUCUCCAUGCAGCACGCCCUCCUCCGCCGGCUGGGAGCGCUGCAGCUUCACCGAGGUCUCCCAGAGGAGUCCCUCCGUCACCUCCGACCAAUCACAGAAGUCAGUGGAAAGCAUCUUUUCUGCCAGAUUGGCUCUCAGCAGGACUCGCCUCCUGACUCGAGCGGCCAAAGGCUUCAUGUGUCGAUCGCACAGCAAGUCCGGAGACUCGAUGGGAGAGAGCGACAACGAGAACAAAGACUACAUUCCUCUGGUGUUGCUGCAGUUAGCCAGCGGCGCGUUUCCUCUGGACGCCGCGCUGUGUUACGCUAUUAGCGUUCCCAUGGAGAAGCUGAAGUGGACGUCUCCGUUCAUCAGCCAUCGCAGCAGUCUGGCCCCCCCUUCGCUGUCCAGCAGCCGUCGGACCGACAGCGUCGAGGACAGACCCUCGUGUGACGGAGAACCAGAAUUCAGCCCGCUUUAUUUCCCCCCGUCAUCAGGGAGUCUCUGCACCGCUGCAGAGCCCCAGUCGACCCUUCACUCCCAGACAGACAGCGGGCGGGGCUCUGGGUCGGGGGUCGUGGACACAUCGUCCCCGAGGAGGCUUGAUCCAGAGAGCCUGGUGUGGGGCACGGCGGUGGCACUCGCCUGGCUGGAGCACAGCUCGGCCAGUCACUUCAUCGAGUGGGAGCUAACUGCCGCUAAGGCAAGCACGUGGCUGAGUGCGCAAGAAAUCCCAGAAGGCCGAGACUUAGCGUCCGUCAAGGCCGCCGCCAACCAGCUGUUCAUCAUACUCAGACACUGGGAUGAGAACCUGCAGCUCAACAUGCUCUGCUACCAUCCCAGCAGCGUGUGAGACCGCUGGACACCAGGGUUGCGGUGGAAUUCUCCACAAAUCAGCUCCCAUCAUCCUUUCCAAACAGUGUUCCUCAACCUGUGAGAACCGCUGACGCUUCCUCUUCUGAUUUGUGAACCGUGUUGAACGUUCAAAACAAAGCACUUUGGGAAGUCGGGCUAUGAGUUGUAAAAUCUCCUUCCUCCUUUCCUAAAGCAAGCUCCAGUGUUUCCUAAACUCUGAGAUUAUAAAGGAAGUGUUUAUCCACAGAAUCAAACAGCCCCUAUCAUGGCUGCCUUCACGCCCUUAGCAACCUCGCUCAGUAAAAGUGAUAAUUCAACCGCAACCCUGCCCUUGCUCGUGAUACUAUGCUAACGGACGCUAGCUGUUUGUCCUCUGGAGUCUGAUCCGCCGCUGUGAACAGUGUGUAUCUUCUUCUGGUCGUGUGCUGGUUCUUCAAACAUAUCACAGGCUGUUCGGUUUCUGUAGCUGGAUCCCCGUUAGCAUCGGAUCCAAACCCUUCAUUGUCGAGGAGCGUCAGUGUUAGCCUGUAGCAUGCGGGACUGAUCUGUCACCACGUGGAUGUUCUGAGGAGAUUGUAUCGUGCAAACAUCCGGGUGCUUGCUAGCCGUCCUGCCUGUCUUUUCUAAAGCCGGUCGUUCUUAAUAUUUGCCAUUUCUGCAGGUUUAUCAUAGCAGACAGAAGAAUAUGCAAAAAGCUAAAGAAAAUAUACGUUACGUUUUGUGGCUUUAAUGGAAAUCAACGAACGUGUUUCCGCCAGCGUGUGUUUAGUGUGUGUUUAGUUUGUGUUUAGUUUGUGUUUAGUUCAUGCUUUUGACUCAGCAGACCGGCCUUAAAGUCGAGAUGAUCAUGCAUUAGUUUUGAAUGUAAAGAGUAGGGAGGUGCUUCUCUGGUAGUGGAGAUUUAGCCUCUUAAAGGUCAGACGGGUCGUGCCAAAAAAACUAAAUCUUAAACCCUGAAACUGCUGCGUCCUAACCCAGUCAACCCGCUCUGACUGAAAGAGAGCGAACAGACAAACUCUGUAGAGAAUCCUGAUAAAACACAGUAAUACCUACACUCAGAGGACAGUGUAAAAUGUUAUGAAUGUCACUUGGACACCAAACUUACCCCAAGAUUCACCGUGGAUUUCACCAUGCAAUGUGGUCCAACAAUAUUAGUGAGGUAAACUCAACAUCUGGCUUCAUUUUGAUUUCUUUUUUAUAAUUGAUAGAAAAGCAAACAGUGAAUAAUGUUUUCAGAGCUCAGGACUUCUCACAGGUUCCUCUAACGCUGGUUCUGUUCAGCUCCAGAGUAACAGAGUGAGACAGCAUGCACAGAACCAGGAAGAACAGCAGCUGUUACAAGCAUUGUUUUAGGUCAGUUGUUUUUCUUUUGCAAAAUGUGUUUGAUAAAAAAAGUAUCACAGCAGAAACCUUAGUUUCCUCCCGCCAAAACAGAGAACCAAUGAGACUCAACGCCACCAUGUGAAAUAAUGGCUGUUUUGUGAUUUGUUUGGGGAUGUAGGCUCAGACUCUGGUUUAUAUUUCUGCAAAUGCAAAACUAGAAUCAGAGGAUCCUUCGCUCAGUCACCACCGUGUUACUUACAUUGUGAAUAUUGAAGUAAAAUACAUUUAUUUAAGGUUGUGAUAUUCCAAUAUAGCAAAUCCUUAGUUUGCCAGUAGCUUGUAGUGAACGUACAAACAGACUUAGUAAGGGAUGGUUUGGGAGUUCAGUGCUGCCACGCUAACUGCUACCGUAAGUGCCUCACUAAGGUUAAAGUCAGCAGAAUAUAACGACCCGUCCACUGCAGCUUAUCCUCGACUUAUUCCCAAAUAUACAGUAGGUAGUACGUGUCUUUCUGAAAUCUUUACGUGUUGAUUUCUCUGUUUCUUAUUCCAUCAGUGUUGCUUUACUCAGGUAUUUAUUAUUUGUUCCACUUGAGUUGUGUACUGCAUGAUCACAGACGUUACAAUGAAAAUGUUUAAAGACUGAAGUGUUGGUGCAGUAGUAUCUUGCUGUCUGAAUUACAGUAGAUGUCAUUCAGUAAUAUGUUGUGCUGUAAUGCAGUAGUAGGUGCAGCUGUUAUUGUUAUAAACUGUAUUUUUUAUGUCCUGGGUCGGUCGUACAGUGCAGUGUCACUUGCUGUUUGUGCCUUUAUAAAAGAUUGUGACUGUUUGAGGCCCAUGAAGCUUCGGUAGUGUCCAAAUAACUGUCCAUGAUGCGAGGGUGCAUGUA